CUCCUUCCGCCCCGUCUCCUUUUGCCCUGGGCCGCGCACGUGUGGCUGAGUGGUCGCGCUCGCUUCGGCAGGGACGGGAUGGCGGCCAACACCGCCAAUCUGCCGAUGCGGCUGCUACGCAAGAAGUUGCACAAGCGCAACCUCAAGAUACGGCAACGCAAUUUGGCCCAGCAAGGGGCGGCCGAGCCUGGGGCAGCAGCUGAAGAUAUUUCAGAAGAAGUUUCUGACAUCUCAAGAGCAGUGGUGGAAGAAAACAAAAUGAUGGAUGUAGAGCAACCAGAUGUAAUACUGAAUGCUGAACAGGCUGGAUGUACACAAACUGAAGUGAAGAAGAAGAAGAAGAAAAAGAAAAGAAAAAUUGCAAAUGAUACAGAAAAUGGUACAGAACCUAAAAAAGCAAAAGAAGAGGAUGAGGGUGCUCUUGUAGAUGAGGUCUUAGAUGGGGAGCCUGAAGAAGAAAACCAGGAUGGCAUGAAUGAGAAAGAAGCUGAUGAAGAAGCUGGUGAAGAUGCUGAUGGUCCUGUUUUGCCUCUAGGACUGACAGGUGCUUUUGAAGAUACUUCAUUUGCAUCUCUUAAUGGUCUUGUCAGUGAGAACACUUUGAAAGGAAUAACUGAAAUGGGUUUUACACACAUGACAGAAAUUCAACAUAAAAGUAUCAAGCCACUUCUGGAAGGCAGGGAUAUUCUAGCAGCUGCAAAAACCGGCAGUGGCAAAACUCUUGCAUUUCUUAUUCCAGCAAUAGAACUAAUCUACAAGUUAAAAUUUAUGCCCAGAAAUGGAACAGGUGUCCUCAUCCUUUCCCCAACACGAGAGCUUGCCAUGCAGACAUACGGUGUUCUCAAAGAACUGAUGACACAUCAUGUGCACACCUAUGGCUUGAUAAUGGGAGGCAGUAACAGAUCCGCGGAGGCUCAGAAACUAGCAAAUGGCAUAAACAUCAUUGUGGCGACUCCAGGCCGACUUUUAGAUCACAUGCAGAAUACUCCAGGGUUUAUGUAUAAGAACCUUCAGUGCCUGGUAAUUGAUGAGGCUGACAGAAUUUUAGAAGUUGGGUUUGAGGAAGAAAUGAAACAGAUCAUAAAACUUCUGCCAAAGCGUAGACAGACCAUGUUGUUCUCAGCUACACAAACCCGCAAAGUGGAAGACCUAGCGAAGAUUUCUCUAAAAAAGGAACCAUUGUAUGUUGGAGUUGAUGACCAUAAAGAAACAGCAACUGUAGAGGGCCUUGAACAGGGUUAUGUAGUGUGCCCGUCAGAAAAGAGAUUUCUCCUGCUGUUCACUUUUCUUAAGAAGAAUCGGAAGAAAAAGCUGAUGGUAUUCUUCUCCUCAUGUAUGUCUGUGAAGUACCACUAUGAACUACUUAAUUACAUUGAUCUGCAAGUCCUGGCCAUUCAUGGGAAGCAGAAACAAACCAAACGCACAACCACAUUCUUCCAGUUCUGUAAUGCGGAUUCUGGAAUACUCUUGUGCACAGACGUAGCUGCCCGAGGGCUGGACAUUCCUGAAGUUGACUGGAUAGUUCAGUAUGACCCACCAGAUGAUCCAAAGGAAUACAUUCAUCGUGUUGGUAGAACUGCCCGGGGUAUAAAUGGAAGAGGACACGCUCUGCUUAUUUUACGACCAGAAGAACUGGGUUUCCUGCGUUACCUAAAGCAAGCCAGGGUUCCAUUAAAUGAAUAUGAAUUUUCUUGGUCCAAAAUUUCUGACAUCCAGUCUCAGCUGGAAAAAUUGAUUGAGAAAAACUACUUUCUUCACAAAUCAGCCCAAGAAGCAUACAAAGCCUAUAUAAGAGCUUAUGAUUCUCAUUCUCUAAAGCAGAUCUACAAUGUCAAUAACUUGGAUCUGCUCAAGGUUGCGCUCUCUUUUGGCUUCAAGGUUCCACCAUUUGUGGAUCUCAAUGUUAACAGCAGCCAUGGGAGGAGAUUGCAAAAAAGAGGUGGUGGAGGAGGAUUCGGCUACCAGAAGUCAAAAAAUGUUCAGAAAUCCAAGAUCUUCCGGCACAUUAACAAGAAGAAAACAGAUAGCAGACAGUUUUCCCACUGAAGGGCUUACUUGGUUUUUCACAAAAUGGCUUUUGAAAGCGAGAUUGAACUUCUUCAUCCUAUACUGUCCAGCAGAACACAUAGAACCUAGUAGAGAUUUUAAAGAUUGGACUUCAACACAUGCUCUGCUUGGGCAGGAUGUAUUCCAUGGCGGACAUGGGCUCUCCCCUCAGCCUGUGCUCCCCUGGCAAAUGUAGAGGCAGUGGGAUCAGCCCUGAUCACUCAUCAGCAGGCCUGUGCCUGUUGCUGGCAGCUCCAUGCAGGUUUCCCAACCCCUCUGUGCAGUGCAGGGUACCAGGCCUCCCCAACCCAGCCUGUGUUGAAUUUUCCAGGAACAGCUCUUUCUGGUCACAGCAGAGUGGGCCAGACCAGAUCUGCACCCCUAAGGAGCUGUGUUAUGCUAUUUACAUGUUAGAGUGUCCUGUAUUUUCUUUCAAGACCUCCAUAAGUGAUUUUGGUGUCUAUGGGAAUUUCAGUAUGGUAGGCUAUAUGUUGCUUUUGCGAGAGAUAAUUAAUACAAUUCUUUUUUCUACUCA